AUGGUCAAGGUCGGCGUCGGCAAGCCUGAGCAGGACUUCCUCCUUCUCUUUGACACUGGAAGUGCCUCAACUUGGAUGAUCGACAGCGAGUGCGCCACAGAGUGUCUUCAUUCCAGAAAGGGCCGAGUCGGAUAUAACUUCACCGCAUCUUCUACUGGCAAAUACACAGGAGAGUCCGCUUCCAUUGACUAUCUCGGAGGAAAGGUCGUUGGUCCGACCGUGGAGGAGCGCUUUGAGGCAGAUGGCUUAACUUGGCAAUCCAAGUUUAUUGCAGCCAACGAGAGCAACUGGUCUGCGCUGGCCGCUGCAGGCUUCAUGGGAAUGGCCUUUGGCAGCAUCACUGAUGGCGGCGCUACACCCGUUUUCGAGACUCUUAUGGCGGAGAAGAAGAUGGACGAACCCCGAUUCGGUCUUUACUAUUCGAGAGAAGACGGCGAUGAUACCCACGGCAAGGCAGGAAAGGGUGUCCUCACCCUGGGAGGGUCCAAGGAGAAAGAGUACAUCGAUGGCGACUUGAUCGAGAUUCCUAUUAACACCAACCUCAACGACUACGAUGUCUGGCGAUCCGUUCUCCACAGCACUACAGCCUCAAGAAAGGGAAAGAACUGCUCUGCGAACAAGACCAAGGUUGACCUUGAUAUUUCUGUUGUAUUUGAUACUGGAGCUUCUGGUAUCACUGUUCCCGAGUCCAAGAUCGAGGAGAUUUACGAAUCCAUCGGCAUGAAUUGGACGGCGAUUCUCAAGGGCGAGCACAUUCCCCUGUGUAGCGAGUUCACCAAGGACUGGUCUAUUGCCUUCGAGGUUGGCUACUACGGAGACAGCAAGUUCCUCAACAUCACUGGCGAUCAACUGGCUCUUCCUGGCUUUGCCAACAGAGACGAUGCUUGCUGGCCGCCAAUGGAUUCUGGCGCUGAGGGAUUUGCCUUGAUUGGCUCUCGUUUCCUGAGGAACUUCUACACCGUCUGGGACUACGGUGUUUUCCCCGAGGAGGCUGGUUUCAUCCGUCCCACCCUAUCUUUCGGCUACUUGAAGGACGGCAAAUAG